UGUGAGUUUGGGGCGGUGGGAGUCAGACGGGACUUCAAAAUUCCCUUCUCCAUUUCCAUCACACCGCCAAGAGAGAACUGCGGCGAAUGAAGAUAUUUAGAGGGAUUGGGUGUAGUAAAUAUCCGGUGAAGCAAAGAAGCCCGUCGUUUCGUUUCGUUUGGUCUAAGAAUUUUAGCGACAGUUUUCCGGAGCAGACGGAAGUUUCCCAGAAAGACGAUGAAGAUAUUCUAGCGCUGGAAUUGAUUUGUGCUUCCAGGACAGGAGACAGCCUUAAAUGCGAGGUCAUUCUGUGGGAGGAGACAUUACUUUGAACAAAUUCAUGACAAUGUUAUUUAGAUAAAGACUUUGGAAACACUUGCCAAAUGCAGUCUACACUCACUGACAGGACACCUAAUAUUCUCAACAAAGAUUCCACAGAGAAGAAACAGAAGCAUGAAAACGCCAUCUUCCUCAAGCAUGAGUUCGACCCCACAGGUCUGGUCCAACGCUGUGUGAUCAUCCAGAGAGAUGAAAACGGUUUUGGACUGACAGUGAGCGGAGACAAUCCUGUGUUUGUGCAGCUGGUCAAGAAAGAUGGAGCAGCGAUGCGAGCAGGAGUCCAGACAGGCGAUCGGAUCAUCAAGGUUAACGGCACAUUUGUGACUCACUCCAACCACAUCGAGGUCGUAAAGCUGAUUAAAUCGGGCUCCUAUGUUGCGCUGACGGUGCUGGGCAGACCCCCUGGUCUUCCUCAGAUCCCCCUGGAGGAGGAGGAGGGAGAGGAGGAAGUGGAAGAGGAAGAGGGGGAGAAAGGGGAGGAGGACAAGGAAGUGUCCAGUCAGCUCUGUAGAGAGAAGUGCGAGGAUGUCCCACCUCCACCAGCUGAUGAGGACGAGUCCAACCAGGACGAUGAAGACCAAACCUGGACUUCCUGUGCGGACGACUCUACGUGCGCUGGUUCGAUUCCGGAGAGCCCUGGCACCGAUGAGAGUCCAAACAUCAACCUCCAAGAUGGACGUGACUCCUGCCCCGUGCUGGACUCGGAGGAUGACGUGGAGUCCAGAGGCCAGUGCAUUGUGGGAAACCCCCCCUACCUCCUCCAUCCUCAGAUCAUUGGCGCCGAGGACGAUUAUUUCGAGUCGCAGCAGGAGCAGAUUCCAGGACAAAGCAGCUGCUUCCAGAACAUCCACCUGAUGAAGACCCGACCCGCUCACCUGGCUGUCUUCCUGCAUCAUGUUGUCUCACAGUUUGACCCUGCACCGCUGCUGUGUUUUCUCUUCGCCGACCUCCACCUGCAGACCAGCUCCAGAGAAAGUCGUCGGUUCUUCCCAGAGCUUCACAGCCUCUUCCUGGAUCGAACUGCUAACCUGAAGGUGUUGGUGCCAGAACACAUCGCCGCUGAGCUGGAGAAACGCAGGCUGGAGUUGAUCCCGGAGGAUCAGUGUAAACUCUACACUCAGAUGUUGCAGGACUCACUGCUGCCCGACUUAAAUAAGAACCUGGAGGACUUCAGACAAAAGCGCAGCAUGGGGCUGACCCUGGCCGAGACCGAACUUUCCAAGCUUGACCUGGAGGCCGUGAAAGACGCUGUGACGUCAGAGAGGGAGUGUUGCUGCGCUGAGAACAUCUUGUCCAAGAUUGAAGACAUUCUGAUGGCGUCACCGCCUGCAGAAGAGGAGAAGUGCCAAACGAUGCAGUACGUCAUUCACACUGUCAUGAAACAUUUGGGAGUGAAGGUGAAGGAGGUUCGUGGCCUGGAGCAAAAGAGACCGAGGAUCAACUUCCUGCCUAAAAUCAAGCAGAAGAGCAUCAGGCCUGAGAAGGAGGGGGAAGAGAAGGUGAAAAGGCCACGCUUCCCCAGCAUCCUCGGUCCUCAACGGCGACUCAGCAGAGUGGACUCGACCUCUGGUGCAGUGGGAAAAGCGCUGGAGUUGAACAAACAACGUUCACCGAAGCUUCUCUCUCAGACGGUGAUCUCCAUCCCGGAGACCAGCGACGCCGGUCUCGGUUCUGGACGGGUCCGUGGGAACCUGCUCAGUGAUGGUUCGGACUCCAGUGCGCAACUCUCUCCAUUCACCACUUCGCCAACCAACAGCACCCCCAGUGGUCAGACCUCCGACACCAGUGGACAAGACUCUGACCCAAACGUGUCUCCGUUUCCGCACCGAUCGACUGAUGGUGUUCAGUCAAGUGACUUGAGCGAUGGUGGUGUCAACACAGCGGCAUCUCAGUUCGACUUCAGUCCCUCAAAUGUGGAGCAGCUGCAGGACGAAGAGAACUUCAGGGCUGAGUUGUCAUGUUCAGCGCCGGCUGACGUCCAGAGCGAGGAGGACGUGGCAGGCGACGUGGAGGGUGAAGACCAGCGACUCAACUGGCAGAGUCUGGUGAGUCGGGACGUCCUGGCGACGCUGACCCCGCGGGAGAUAAACCGUCAGGAAGUCAUCAACGAGCUGCUGUACACUGAGCGCGCUCACCUGCGGACGCUGAAGGUGCUGGAUCAGGUGUUCUAUCAGAGGCUGAGCCGUGACUCUGUGCUGCCCCCGGAGGACAUCCGGAGUAUAUUCAUGAACCUGGAGGAGAUCGUCCAGCUUCACAUCUCCAUCUCAGAACAAAUGGCCUCCAUCAGGAAGAGAAACGAGACUUUUGUGAUCGGUCACAUUGGAGAUGAUCUGCUGUCCUGGUUUGGUGGCGACGAGGAGGAGAAGAUCAUCAAAGCGGUUGGAACGUUCUGCAGCAACCAGCCGUCGGCCCUGGAGUUCAUCAAGAGCCGAAAGAAGAAAGACCCAAGGUUCUGCCUCUUCAUGCAGGAGGCCGAGAGGAACCGUUUGUGUCGCAGAUUGCAGCUGAAGGAUAUCAUCCCGGUGGUGAUGCAGAGGUUCACCAAAUACCCACUUCUGCUGGAGAACAUCGCCAAGUACUCUGAUGACGGAGAGGAAAAGGAGAAGGUGAAGAAAGCUCUGGAAUGUUGCAAGAAGAUCCUGAACAAUGUCAACCAGGCGGUGAAGGAGGCUGAGAUCAGACAGAAGUUGGAAGAUUACCAGAAACGGCUGGACAUAUCAUCGCUGAAGCAAAGUGAAAAUCCUCUGAUUCUGGAGCUGAAGAAUCUGGACCUGAGAACAAGGAGGCUGGUUCACGAGGGCCCGCUCACUUGGAAGGUCAACAAAGACAAGACGAUCGAGCUCUACACCAUCCUGCUAGAGGACGUGCUGGUUCUGCUGCAGAAGCAGGACGAGCGUCUGGUGCUCAAGCUUCAUGGGAAGAACGUGGUCAACGUGGCCGACACCAAACACAUCUUCAGCCCUGUCAUCAAGCUUAACACCGUGUUGGUCCGUUCAGUCGCUACCAACAACAAGUCGUUCUUUGUUUUGUCCAUGUCGGAGAAUGGUGCUCAGAUCUACGAGCUAACGGCUCAGUCUGUCUCCGAUCAGAGAACGUGGCAGCGUCUGAUCACGCAGUGCGCUGAUGCCAUGAAGGCCAAGCCUCACAGCGAAAACACGCCCUCUGCUGGUCGAUCGCAAGCGGAGCAAGCGGCCAUCGACAUCAUCGAGUCUGAGACGUCGGAUGCGAGCAAAGACGACGCAGCGUCAGAAGACGCUCUCCCUCCUCCGGUGGCUCUGAACCCGUUCGACGGUCUGCGGUCAGAAGAUGAGGCAGAGGAGGAAGUGGAUGAAGCGGAGCUGGAGGCCUUUCUGGACGGUCAGCUGGCGGACACGCUGCCGUUCCUGCAGGAGAGAUCUCGCCGUGCAGUCGCUCUGGAAAACCCAGACUCUUUCUGUUACCCUGAAUCCAAAGCAGAAGAAGCCCUGAGGACGUUGCUGAUGCUGAAGGACGUCCUCUUCAGUCACAUGAUCAGUAGGGACCAAGAGAAGACGGUGGACCAGGAAGAGAACAAGACCACUGAAGGACCUGAAGCGCCACCUGCUGGCACUGAUGAGGAUCAGGCUUAUUUACAGCAGGAUGAUGCUGAGAUGGACAGUUGUGUAGUUCAGGACCCGUCUGCUGGUUCUGAUGACGACUGCGGAGGAGAUGUCGGCAUCGAUAUGAGGAAACUUCUUUCAUCGUCCUCGCAGACCGACGGAGGAGGCCCAGACCUGAGCCGCCAAUUGAUGACUCACCUGCGCCUCCUGCAGGCCGACCUGCAGUACCUGAAGGAAGUGGAGGCGAAGUACAUCGAGCUGCAGCAGAAACUCACUCCCAACGGCGACGGAAUUCACUGAUGGUGAUGACCCCUCACCUUUGACCUUAACCUGUGCUGUCUGAUGAUGAGCAAGGACAUCAGGAAGUGAGAACACUGGAGGAGAGACGCUGAAUAAAAGGAUUCAUUCUUGAGCUGCUGUUCACAAAAACAUUCAGAUACAUGGUCAUCGUGAGCGUUCGCACGUGGGUUUUAAUGUAUUGAACUGUAUUUAUUGUUUUAACUCUCACAACAGCUGUUAUUUUCCUGCUCCACACCAAUACACAUUUUAUUCUGUGUAAAUGAUAGAUUUUAACAUUGUUAAUGUGGUUAAACCUUCUGUCAAGCCAAAUAUUUUAGCUGACAUUGUCGUGACACCAUUCGCCCUGUUAUUACUUUACUUCCCUGCACACUUUCAUCCAAAGUAUGAAGUUCAUGUUGUAAUAAUUAAAAGUGCAGUAAAACUGUUAAUGAAAAAAAAAACUUUAAUUCUGAUGCUUGACAUGUCUCAGUAAACGUCUCUGAAAGAGAAA